CUUUGACUGGUCGUAUACCUGCUGAGGAACAAACUCCUGCCUUUCUCCAUGGUGGUUCAAUGGCCUGACAGAAGCUGUGGUGGAAGAAACGCACAAUGCUGGUGACUUCAGCUCUAGCAUUUGCGGUUAUUGUGCUUGGUGUAUCUGGGAUCUCAGAAGCAGCCACAGCUACUUCUAAACCAAAGAAUGAUCACUGGGAUAGGAAUCAUGGCAGGGAAUCAGAGAUACCACAGCAGAAGCUGAAAGAACACUGGGAAUCCCUCUUGCCGCCUAAGCAGUGCGACAUCCCUCCAGACAGCCGCUUUGACUGUGCCCCAGAGAAGCUUCUCUCUCAAGAUGAAUGUCAAGCUCGGGGAUGUUGUUAUGUCCCCGUUUCUUCCAACAGCUCUGCUGGUUGGCAGCCAUGGUGCUUCUUUCCUACCAGCUACUCUAGUUACAAGAUGGCAAACCUAACUGCCACCGAGACUGGCUAUACUGCCCACUUGACCCGCAGUGUACCCUCUUUCAUGCCAGAUGACAUCAUGAAUUUGCAGCUGGAUGUGAUUUUUGAAACCAAGGGGAGGCUUCACUUCAUGCUUAAGGAUCCAGCUAGGAAACGCUAUGAAGUUCCUUUAGAAACUCCCAAGACAAACAAUACGGAGUCCUCGACUCUCUAUUCUGUGCAAUUCUCUGCUGAUCCCUUUGGCCUCAUUGUUCUUCGGAAGUCCAAUGGGCAAGUUCUGCUUAAUACCACUGUGGCCCCUCUGUUCUAUGCUGACCAGUUCCUUCAGAUCUCCACUGCUCUGCCAUCAUAUUUCAUCUCUGGAUUGGGUGAACAUCUGACCCCUCUUACCCUGAAUGUCAACUGGACCAAAAUUACCUUGUGGAAUCGGGACAUAUCACCUGCGCCCUCUGCCAAUUUGUAUGGUUCACACCCCUUCUAUGUGGCUCUAGAAAAGGGUGGCUUGGCCCAUGGAGUCUUCUUACUGAACAGCAAUGCUAUGGAUGUGCUACUACAGCCCAGUCCAGCUCUGACAUGGAGAACUACUGGGGGUAUCUUCGAUUUCUAUAUCUUCUUGGGCCCAGACCCUCAGAGUGUGGUGCGCCAGUACAUGGAUGUUAUUGGCUACCCAUUCAUGCCUCCUUACUGGGCUCUUGGCUUCCAUCUCUGCCGCUGGGGAUACACUUCCACCGCUGUUACUCGGGAAGUGGUGAAAAACAUGACCACAGCGCUUUUUCCCCUGGAUGUGCAGUGGAAUGAUCUGGAUUAUAUGGAUGCUAAGCGAGACUUUACCUUCAACAAGGAUGGUUUCUGGGACAUGCCAGACAUGGUGAAUGAUUUCCAUCAUGACGGUCGGAGGUAUGUCAUGAUUGUGGAUCCAGGGAUCAGCAGCUCCAGUCCCCCAGGCAGUUACAGGCCCUAUGAUGAAGGCCUGAAGCGGGGGGUCUUCAUCGUAAACGCAACAGGACAACCUUUGAUUGGAAAGCUUUGGCCUGGGCCCACUGCUUUCCCUGAUUUCACCAACCCAGAGACUCACCAGUGGUGGUAUGACAUGGUCAAGGAUUUCCAUGACCAAGUACCCUUUGACGGCAUGUGGAUAGACAUGAAUGAGCCAUCAAAUUUUGUGGAUGGUUCCUUGGAAGACUGUCCAAACAACAAGCUUGAGAACCCCCCUUAUGUACCAGGUGUGCUGGGUGGAUCGUUGAAGGCAAAAACCCUCUGUGCCUCCAGUAGGCAAUACCUGUCUUCCCAUUAUAACUUGCACAGCCUUUAUGGGUUGACUGAAGCCAUUGCAACACAUGAUGCUUUGGUGAAAGUACGAGGGAAACGUCCAUUUGUGAUCUCACGUUCCACCUUUGCCAGCCACGGACGCUACGCCGGCCAUUGGACUGGGGAUGUCAUAAGCGUUUGGGAGCACUUAUACUACAGUAUACCAGCGAUGCUGCUCUUCAAUCUCUAUGGGGUGCCAUUGGUUGGGGCCGAUGUCUGUGGAUUUCUGAACAGCACAACGGAGGAGCUGUGUGUGCGCUGGACCCAACUGGGCGCAUUCUACCCUUUCAUGCGAAACCACAAUGACCAUGGGAGCAAGUCUCAGGAGCCAUAUGCCUUCAGCCAGGAAGCCCAGCAAGCCAUGAGAAAAGCCUUUUACCUGCGCUACUCCCUGCUGCCCUAUCUUUACACCCUGUUCCACAAGGCCCACUCCACAGGCGAGACAGUAGCCCGUCCCCUUUAUUUUGAAUUCCCUCAAGACACUUAUACAUGGAACAUUGAUCGACAGUUCAUGUGGGGAGCUGGGCUCCUCAUUACUCCUGUGUUAGAAGAAGGGAUAAGAAAAGUGACUGGCUACUUUCCUUUGGGGACAUGGUAUGACACCAUCACGGGAUCCGUCAUCCACAGCAAGGGACAGUGGAUUCUCCUACCAGCUCCGCUUGACACGAUCAACGUCCAUAUCCGCGGAGGUCACAUUCUUCCUUUGCAGGAACCUGCUCUCACCACCACAGACUCCCGCUCAAAUGGAAUGACUCUUGUGGUGGCUUUGACUCUGGAGGGGGUAGCCAGAGGGGACUUGUUCUGGGAUGAUGGCGAAGGGCUGCUGACCUUUGAGAAGGGUGAUUACACACAGAUCUUCUUUCUGGCAAGAAAUGGUGUGCUAGUUAAUGAGAUUGUGCAACUCGGCAGCCACAUAGAUGGGGUCCUGCUGGUAGAGGUGCUAGUGUUAGGUGUCCCCAGCCCUCCCCAGCGGGUCCUGGCAAAUGGUACCCCUGUCUCAGACUUCUCUUACCGCACGGAUACCAAGGUCCUCAGUAUCCCACUCUCUUUGCUGAUGGGGGAGGAAUUUGUCAUCACUUGGUCCUGAGAAGAAAAAAAGAAAGACAGACAACAAUUUGAAUGAAUGAUAGACAUCUCUGAAAUGAAAAAUGAAAAGAAAAGUUUCUUUGAGGACCAAGAUGCUUUGCUCCGGUCAUAAGAGCCUGCAGGGAUCUCCUAUGCUCUUUAUCUAAACUGGAUAUGUGACAAGAUUUGGGUAGGAUUGGAUGCUACCAAGUUUCAUGACCACAUUCUCGGAUGGCUUGAGUGACUGCAUUUUUCAAAUGUCGCCUUCUCCUCCUCUUCUUCCUACUUCGAAAGAAUGUCCGUUAGGGAUGUUGUAAUAGUAUAUUCCCCUGCACUAUGCAGGGGGUUGGAAUGGAGUAGCUGUUCUCCAAGUGCCAGGGUUAUAAUCUGUGAUUUUGUAAAAUGAGGCAUGGAGGGAGUAUCUCAUUAGAUAAAAAAUGAACGUACCAAAUAUUCCAACCAAUAUACUGAACACAUGCUACUGUAUUAAUAUAUUAAUUUGACAAAUGUGCUGUAUAUAUGCUAACACUUUAUAAAUUUAUAUAAAAACAUUUGUAAUAGUUCCUUGAACCAAACAUUUUGACCAACAGUUUUCCUCAGUGUCAGAGAGAUUUUCUCAUCUGUCUGGCUUUGUUUAAUCCUUUCUCAGUCAGAACAACAACAUUACAAUACAAAGCCACCAAUCAUUUAACAGGGCUUCACUUAAGCGUCAUGCGCUCUAGUGCCGGUUGAAUGCCCCCCCUUUUUUUUUCUGAAUCCAGGAUUCAAGCAGGAAUAUGCUUAUAAAGUCAUUUCACUGAUUCCCUUUUCACAAGAUAUACUCAGGAAUUACUUGGCACUUGUGUUCACAUUCUUUCACAUGCCUCUUUCACACUUCUUUCACAUGCCUCAUAUAAUGGGCAAAAUAGAAUUCAGAAGACAAGUUAAAUACUGUAGUAAGCUAUGAAUUCUCAGUAUUAAAAUACUAACUUUAUUUUAAUCUGCAUUUCCUAUAAUGAAACUUUACCAUGGGUUACAUUCCUAACAAAAGUUUUUGCCUCUGAAGAAUCUACUUGGAAUAGAAUUUAUUUCCUUUCUGGAUCCCUCUGGUAUUUGUCUUCUUACUUUCCAUAUAUUUAGCUUUUUUGUUAGUGUGUGUGCCUUCAAGUCAGUCUUGACCCCAGGUGACUAUAUCUGUUAAGUCCCUGCAGUUUUCUUGGCAGCAUUUUCAGAAGUGGUUUGCCCAUGCCAAUCUCAGGCGAGGACGCUUAAGCAGUUCUUUCCCUUGACAGUAGGUUGCUUCCCAGUUGCUAUCUCUUUUUGAGGGAGUAGCUCAGUUCUCCAUCAGAGAAGUGAGUUGUCUCAAGACCAGGCCUCUUUGAAGGGUUGGUAGACUUGCAGCCUGAAUAGAGAAGCCCAGGAGUAGAGUUUCUUCCACCUUUUGUAUUUGCUUGAUUGCUUGCUGGCCCGUCCUUUUCUUCUACUUGCAAAGGCCUUCCUCCUUACAGUGUAUACAUUUUUAAGCACUGAGUCAAGAAAUACUCAGUUCCUGGUGAUGAGACUUAUUCCCAGUGAAGCUGGUGUUUUCCCUGUACCACAUUCAUCUACCUAAUUGAGAGUUGCUUCCUGUUCAUACAAGUCAUACAAGGACAUCUAAUAUAGGAGUUAGACAUGAUGUUCUACAGAAUUGUGUUGAAAUGAUGUAACAUGGGAUGCUAUAUAGUCUUACAAAGCUGUAGCAUGUGCAGUAUUUUUGUCAGAAGGUUAUAUUAAGAAAAAACGUACAGUGCAUUGGUUGGACAAUUUGCUACAUUUUAUAUAUUUGUUUUAAAACAAGCUGUGCAUUUUUGGUACAGAUUAAAAAUUGUGGAUACUGAAGGAACAGUUCCUAAUUUCUUCAUUCAGUUGGAACACAGAAUAGGAAAAUCAAGGAAAAAUUGAAAUUGUCAAAAUGGAUGUGAUGCAGAAUAAGGGAAUGUUUAUGAACCAGAAUGGACCACUUUAAUUCAGACAAUUAGAUGGUUUGUGGCCUCGGUCCAUAUAAAAGAAUGAACCAGCAGUGGUAUCCAAAAAGGACAUAUUUAAACAUAUGCUCAGCUAUAAUCAAAUAAGGGACAAAAUCGUAUCAAAAGUUAGUGGCUAUCCAGUAAACUUCAGUGAUGGACAACAGUGGAAUCAAAUAGACUACAAAACAGGAAAUAGAAGAUGGAGAAGUGCAAUCCAGCUAGCCAAGAGCUUCCAGAUUCAGAUUGUAGAACAUACCAUAAAUUGCUGGUUUCAAAUAUUCAAUUAAACAUAGAACGUUAAAGAGAAAGGUGUGCCAAGAUAGGGUGUGAAGAAUAUACAUCGAUCUUAUGGUCUGACUGUAACAAGUUCCAUGUGUCUAAUUUGUGUGAAAAAGAACUUAAGGUGCUGUGUCAAGAGCCAAGAGACAUUGUAAUAACUGAGAACAAAACUAAUCCCAAAAUUUCAGAGAGAAAAAAAAAUCUAAUGGCUUUCAGAACAAUCUGUUGUGAUAACCAGGCAAAGACAAAGGAUGAAACCCGUGGGCAGCUAGAAGAACGUAACAAUGACUGAACACAGACUUCCAAAGUCAAGCAAUCUCAGUCAAGAAUGUCAACAGAUGGAAAAAUAUAAAAAAGAAAAUAUGUAAUCUUUGAAGAAGAGCUUUUAAGACUUGGCUCUUCCCCCAAGUGUAGGGAAUAGGGUGAGGUUAGAG